UUGUAGGAAAGAGUGGAGCACAAUGCCUUUGGAAUUUAGGGAGGGGAGCAGAGCAGAGAUAACAGUGGAGCUGGUAUUUCGGUCAGAGUAACAAAAGCACCUGUUAGACAAAAGACCUCCUUAAAGGCCAUGUGAGAUUAUAUUACUAGAAAACAACAGAGUUAACUGUGAAUAAGAGAGGAGGAGAUUUGAGCGAUACCAGCAUCAGGACCAUUGGCACCACAGUGAAGAACAAGUAAGGCAGAGACACAGUGGAUUAAAAAAUCGACUCAUCAAACCACUCCAAGACCAGACUGUCAAGAAACAGAAAAGGAUUCCUGAUCAUGGCUGUCCACCUGCCACCUAUAUGAGUGCGGAUUGCGACACCUGGAACAAUGCUUUUUAAAUGAGUUGUACAAACUGGCAACUGUCAACAAUGUUCACCCCUAGAAAAGACAGUCUUCCCUCCCCCAGCCUGGAGGACUCCUUCUUCCCUCUGUCCUCAUCUUCCGCAGUGUCUCUCUCCUUCGCUCUCCCUUCAUCUGCAUCCUCUCCCGGUAGCAGUGACAGCGGAGGAGGGAUAGAGACGGACUUGAUACUCGCCGCAGAGCUGGGACAGGCUUUACUGGAGAAAAAUGAGGAACUGGCAGCGUCUCUGGAGCAGAGGGAGAGGGAGAUGGAGGCAUUGCAGCAGGAGAAGCACGUCCUUCAGAGGAGGCUGGAGAUGAAUGAACUGGCAUCCGGUCAGAGAGAGGCCGAGCUGACGGCGGAUCUAGCCGCCUUGAGGGCUGAGCUGGAGCGACAUCACAGCCAGGGGAGAGACAGGAGAAGAGAUGAGAGCGAACAGCUGACUCAGUUAGCCAAUCAUAACCAACGGCUGGUGGAGCAGCUAGCAGAGGCUGUAACACUGGAACACUCCUUGAGAACUGAGCUUCGUUCCCUCAGAGAGGAAAUGGAAGAAUCAUCUUUCAGCCGAAAUAUCAGCUUCACACAGAUAGAAAAUAUUCAGGCGGAGAACAGAGUUCUGCUGGAGCGGCUGUCGCACAUGGAGUCACAACUAAAAGCGUCACAGGAGGACAGUGACAGACUCCGUAUAGAGAGAGAGGGACUGAGGGAGAGAUUGUCAGAGUUCCAGGUGAAACUGAAAGAGAAAGAAGCAGAGAUAGAGCAGGAGCAGGGAGUGGUGUUUGAGUUGCGUACCUUGAAUCGCUCUCUACAGCAAAAAGCUCAGAGCCUGGGAGAAGAGAGCAUCCUGGACAGUGCUCACACACAGCCUUUGUCUCUGCUUAGUGAAAUUCAGCAAUCGCAGGCUAAAGAGGCUCUUCUAGCUCACUCCACAGUCCUGCAAGCGAGAGAUGAAGAGAUACAAGCACUCAAAGAGGAGCUACAGUCUCAGCGAGAAGCGCUGGAGACUUUAAGGGAAGAAAUUAAGCCAUUUAGAAGUAGCCCUGAAAAGCCAAGCUACAGCUCUUUAGAGAGUGAGUUGGACACAGUGCGCCAGGAGAAAGAAUCACUAACUCAGCAGCUUCUCAACACCAUCAAACACAAGGUGGCGCUGUCUCAAGAGCUGGAUGCAUGGCAGGAGGAUAUGCGGUUGGUGAUCAAUCAGCAGGUUCAGCAAAGGGAGGACGAGAGACAGAAGGAAAUACAGCGAGAGAAAGAAAACACAGGAGGACUCCAAAGAAGCAAGUCUUUGAAACUAAAGGGAGAAGGAGGGAAAGGAUUCUUCUCUUUUUUCAGAGACAAAUAACUGAGAAUCGGUGGCAGGUUAAACAGACUGAGCAUCAGCCUUUAUCUUUGCCACUGUGAGCUUAUGUUGCUAUGAUGAUGUACUGUUAUCAGAAUCAGCAAGUCAAAUGUUUACAGACCUCAUAUUUGAAUAUAUUUGAAUACAUUUGUAUAUACUGUUUAUGGAUGUACAGUAACAAGCAUAUCAGUAAUUUCAGUUUUUAGGAUUUUAUAUUAAAAGGUUAAAGCUG